GCUCGCUGGCGUCGCCCGCGUCCUUCUCGUCGCCCCUCGACCGUCCGACCGCAGCUGCCUUCUGCAGCAGAGUAUCAGGGAUACCCCAGUAUCAGUGAUACGUUUUGUGAAGUGCCUUCAUGACCGCAGUGUCCUUCUCUUAACUUUCUCUUGACUGAAGGAACGAAUGUUCAUUGCAAGUGAAAGGUUAGAUACGAACUUCCUUUUGGAAAUAUCGACAAUCGACUGAGACAUCGAACAUUAUUAAUGUGCGACGAAUGAUACGAUUUGGACGAGUUUUGAAAAGUAAUCAGAAAAAAUCAAUAAUAGUGAUUUAGUUUUGAGGUGUGAAGAUUUCUUCUGUGAACGCCUGGGUAUCUGCGCCAGUUUGGGAUCCCUUUCGACCCCCUGUCAAGCAGCGACGCGUCAACAUGAGGCUGUUCAUCGUGCUGGCCGCAAUUGUCGUGAGCCUGGUUCACGCAUCUGAGGACUCGGCACGACAGGCUCCUCCUACCCGUUCUCAAAUUCCUGAAUUCAGGAGGACGGUCGGUAACCGAGGGCCUUCCCUUUUGCGUCGCCGACCGGAUGUCACCACCAAGCCGUCGGUGGAGCAAGAUGAAGAAGCCCCCACUACCCCUGUCGUCAAUGAGCCGAGGGAACCUAGGGUCAUCACGAGACCCAGACCCGGUCAAGAAUUCGUAUCGUUCCUUAGAGGGAACCUUGAAACCAAACGUAAACCUCAUUCAGAAGUUAUUCUCAUAACUGAACCAGUUGAAGGCGAAGAGUUUGUAGGGUUUGGAAAGCCUGGUGGCGCCAAUGAAAACUCGGUAGUUUCAGCUCGGGAUGGUGAAGUUUUUUACGUACAUAUUGAUCAACCAAAAAAUCAGUCUGCGAUCAACUAUAACACGGAAAUUAUACCCAAGGCAGAACCUACUGCUCUUGCGAAAGACGAAAUGAGCUCUGUCACAUUAGCUCCAGAAGUGAUCAAUCAAGCAGAAACCACUCCACAGAAUGACGAAUACGCAAACUAUGACAAAACUACUUCUUCAAACUCCUGGCCAAAUGAAAACAUUGAAAUUUUGCCCGCUGGUCUUGACGAGCAGCCAGCAGUCCCAGCUGCGAAUGAACUUUACAGCAAAUAUUUUGACGAGUCUGAUCUUGAUUUCGGUAAAGGCAUUGAAGGAGAAGACAGGAACCUCCUUCCUGCUGAAUCAAACCACAGAAGUAAAUUUGAAAUCAAGGAAGUUAAUGGGCAACUGUACGAAUACGAAUACCGAUAUUACUAUGACGAUGAGACGCCUGAGAGUGAUUACGAUGUGGUGGGCAACAUUCCCGAUGUUCCCGCAACCGAUGUUGUGACGUCUGCAACGAACGCUCCUGCUGCGGUAGAGACAACGGCUGCACCGGCGGCUGUUAGAUCCUCUUCUCGCACACGAGGUCGCGGGUCCGUGGCUCCCAAACCCGCUGUAGAUGUACAAGAAAAUUCUAUUACUAGACAAAAUAGUAGAGGUAGAUCGAGAGGACAGCCCCUUGCAGAUGACGCUACAUCAGAAUCAGUCGUACCUCCCAGAAGUAAAACGCCAAGUACGAACGAGAACUCCGUCAACAGUAUUAAUGUAGUAGACGCAAAAUUACCUACUCAGACACGAUUCCCACCUAGAGGUACGCCAGCACCGCCCCAGUCCAGAGCUAUUGGAAUACCUCUAGUAGGAUCAAUUCCAGAACAGUCGCUCUCUGUAUCACAGGGUGAAGUCGCCACCUUUGAAGAUGAUAUUCGAGAAGAUUCGUCAACAACAACAGUUUCUCCUGCCACUCGUUCCCUCGUGAACUUAUACGCUCUUUCGCAGGCUGUUGAAGCUGAAGAAACGGAAACUUCCACCGCUUCCAGUGCCCUGCAAGACACUUUGACAAUUGCCCCUCUAGAUUAUGACCAAUACUAUGACUAUGAUGAGGUUGCCGACGGUAAAGAUCAAUUUUCAAAGGUAGCUACGGAAUCCUCUACGUUGGCUGAUUAUACAGACACUACUUCAGCACCAACGACUACAACCACCACUACUACUACUACUACCACUACAACUACCACCACGCCGGAACCAACAACGACCACUAGUGAAACCCCUUUGGUUAGAAGCCGGUCAAGAAACAAUUUCCGAAGUCCGUUACCGGGACCAAGGAGGUCUUUCCCUUCUCGGACAACAACGGUUAAGUCAGGUGAAGAGGCAGCAGAUGCACAAACUUCUAGCUCAACAACAGAAGCCACAACACAAAGUUCGAGGCGAGAGUCCAGUCGAAUUUCUUCUGGUUUUUCACCUCUGCGUAGUAACCGUUUUAGACCUUCCUCAAAAAGUCAAGCUUCGGGUAGAAGUGAUGAACCAAAACCAGAAGAAAGCGCUCACAGUGAAGAUUCCACGACAGAGGUUACUACCACAACGACUAAAAAGGCAGCCGGAUUUCAACGAACUAAUAGAUUCGGCCGUCCGAGUUUCAGACCGAGUAGUGCUAUCGCCACAACAACAGCAACUGAAUCGCCUGACGCAAAGACUGAGAAAUCAAAAACGACCACUCCUCCAGGAAGAAACAGAUUAUUUAACAGACUUCAAAGAGGAAGGCGUCCAUCUGACGCCAAGGAAACAAUUACAGAAGAAAAGGAAGACGAAGUUCCUGUUGACUCCAGUUCAAAUCAGAACGCAUUAGCCGGCAAAGAAAUUGCCGACCAGGAGCCUCAGGUUCAUACUUCUACCGUAGCUUCAACUACAACCGAAAAACGACGAGGAUUCUCAAGAAGCCGCCCAAAUCGAGGACCUUUGACAAGUACCCGUCGACAGACUACCUCAGUAAAAGACAGCGAAAAAGAAGAUGCGGCUCCGGAAGCUUCAGAUCAACCCGCAAGCGAAAAGAACAUAGUUGCUACCCUAGAGAAUGAAUCGCCAAUCAUUACUUCUUCGACAACCCAAGCCCCUUCCCGACGCCAAUCAUUGAGAAGCCGAGGCUCAAAUCGACUCUCAGCAAGAUUCAAUACAAGAGGAAGGGGACGAGACCAACAUGACGAAAGUUUAGCUCCUUCAACAACUGAAGCUGCUGUAGAAGAAGUAAAAGCUGUAGCUGAAGAAGCUGUGGUUGAACCAGAGAAUCCUGUUCAAGAAACACAAACAGAAGAAAUUUCAGUCGAGCCACAAGAAGAUAACGGAAGACGUCGACCGCCUGGAAAAAAAAGCGCUGGUGGAGUAUUCACCCGUUUUCGUAGCCGGAGCCCUGCCACCAAAAGUGAAGCUGGUACGACUACGGCUAAGCCCACGACAGCGUCAACAGCUCGGAAAGGAUUAUCUCUGCUUGGGAACCGGCGGAGACCGAGUCAUCGGAGAGGAGAACAAGCAUCUGAAAUAACGCCUGAAGAAAAGGAGCUUCUCGACGACGUUCCUGUAUUACCUGAGGACGCCAUUCCUCCCCUGAACGUUGGCGCUGAUGGUGAACUCGACGCUAGCGGACCGCAGGUGGAAUUAGAAGCACAAGCUUCAGAAGACUUGGAAGCCGUGGUCGAGAACGCCCUCCAGGCCGAAGAAGCUGUAGCAGCUCCUGAAGAAAGUGCUGUGGGUGCCGCUGACGAAGCAGGAUCCCCGCCUGAGGAAGCAAAGACUGACCGAAAGCCUGCACGCCCCAGCUUGCUGUCUCGCCUCAGAAACAGACACAGGCUAAGGGAAUAAGAUGUACUAUAACCUAGAAUCAAGUUUCUGCAAUCUGGAAGCGACAUUGUUUUCUUUUAUAAUUAAUCGUGCGUCACUGUUUCACGUCGUCCGCGAGAAUGAAGAAUUAAAUAACUAACAAAUUGAAAGCGAUUCGAAUUCACUGUUUAUUAAGAUCGACACCCAAGCCCUUUUUUAUCAUUCAUUAAUAUGAAAAGCAAUUUAUUAAAUAGUCACCCCUAG